AUGUCGACCUCCGCUGCGGGAUCUAGGAGGACCCGCGCGUCGAUCGCGGCACCUUCCUACGCAUCCUCAUCCGCUUCCGUCGCGCGCAGCAACGCUCGCGACUCCUCGAGGCGGCGCUCCACAGCCAGCGUAUCGCGUUCCCGUGGCCGCGACUUUUCCGAUCUCGACUCGGACACCUCAAGACCGCGUCGAUCUGUGAGGCCAUCCCUCGAGGAAGAGCUCGACGAUGCGAUCAUCGAAGAGGACAUAGACGAAGAAGCCGAGGAUGAGCUCCUCGUUCUUGAGCAGGUCACUCCGCGUCCCAAUCGUCGCAUCCACUACGAGGACGUCGACCUCGAUACAACACAGACAGCACUCGACCGCUACCGCUCGCGCGAACAACAGGGUAAGAGGGUUGCAAGAGCCUCGGUCGCAGGACCUCUUCCCAGCAACAGCGCAGCCAGUCGAACGAGCAACUCGGCCAUCUCGCGAGGAUCCGUACGGUCCAGACAGAGCGCGCCUCUUGCUCGCACUUCCCAUUCGGAGUUAUCAGGCUCUCGAAGCAUGUACACAGCGCCCAGCGAACACGCAGGCCCUUCCACAUCUCGUCGCGGUCGCCGCACAAUCAAUGACGAUGUUUCGGCCGACACGACCAUGGCACGACCAGGACAGCGACUGCGUCCUCCCGCCAACCCGGACGGGCGUCUGGACGUUCCCACCAUCGAAGAGCGGUGCGCUGCGCUGAUCAUCAAUGCAAAGGGCGUCCUACACUUUUACAUGAGCCUUUACAGCCGAGGCUGGCGAUCCGAGUCGUUCGACGAUAUGCUUCGUAACUGGACGCCUUUCGAAUCGUACAAAAUCAACCAGCUGCUGGCGGAGGCUCAGUACAUGCAUCAUUUCGUCGAUAUCGAAGAAGUCCUUGGCUCGUUGCGCGCAGCAGGGCAACCGCGUCCCGACGGGUUCGAGGAAGCCAUGAAGAUGGCCAACUGUGCCACCUUUGUCCACUACAUCCAUCAGCUCCCUACCGAUCCGGCGGCGUACGGUCGACGCAGCGGCCAGGACAUCACCAGUCGGGACGUCUUGGAGGCCCCCUUGCGCAAUAUCAGCGAACUUAGCGAUGCAAGGCGCAUCUUCCUCCGAUGGAUUCUGCCAUUCGAUCAGGAGCUCACCGACCAGAUCCUCAACAUGCUGCUCGACAUGAGCAUUCAGAUCUACAUCAAUCGUCUCGACCGUAUCAUCGCUGCUGUCCGCACGGGGGAGAUGGCGGAGGACAUGGCCCAAUCGACCAUCUCCGAUCACCUCGUCGACCUCAUGAGCGGUGAUGUGGUUCGUCACUCCUUGCAACGGGUCAAGAGGCAGCGGCGAAUGUCUCGAGCCGAGAUCGAGAGGAUGGUGCAGCGCUACGAAACGUUCGCCAAUGUGCGCCAGAUCGAGUUGCAGUCGAUGGAGUAUGACGUGGACGCCAUGCGCGAGGCUUUCUCAUUCCAGAGCAUGUCCGCCGACCUCACGGGCUACGUGCGAGAUGUGGUGCGGGAGGUCGAUGCCGAGAUGCACUCGACCACGCUGCCGCUCAUCAUCGACCGACUUGCUCGCGAGUCGAGCGUGUUCAGUGCGUCCGAUGUUCCCGACGUCGUUCCUGGCUCGAGCUCCGUCAUUGAUAGCGGCAUCCGUGACUCGUCCAGCGUCAUUGCAGGCCCGAGCCAGUCUACGCCGAAAGCAGUCCACCGCGCCGCACAGCCUUCGCAGCCAUUUGCCUCGCAGUAUGCCAACUGGCUGGACGAUAUGCUGGAAGACGACGAGACGCAAGCGAACACGCAACGCAGCCGACCUAGGCAGCCCGUCCAGAACGACAACGUCUAUGUGGACUUGACGGACACGCAGAAGGUGCGCGAACUUGAAGACAUGCUGGAGACUUCGACGGACGGCGGAUUUUCAGCUGUCUCCGACAGUGUUGAUCUCGACGUGGCUUCUAGCCCACCACGAUCAAACCAACUCGGGGCUCGUCUCUCGGCGGCGCUCAACAGCUCGGGGCGCAACCCAGCGGCGGAUCAGCGGCAGCUUGCCGAGCCGACGGCCGCCUCGGACAGCAGCGAUGCAGCUGGCGUUGGCGCUGCGCCGACCCGCAUCCCUGACGUGCCUCUAGACUCGCCAAGCAAGGAGAAAGCAGGCAGACUCGGCUUUGACAGCCAAAACCGCCUCGUGCGACUGAUCUCGGACGCCAUCAACAAGAAUCAGCGCCUGCUCGAUGGAUCAGCAGCCGCAGUGCGAGAGUCACGAUUCGACUCGCAAGGCGAAGAGGAAGAGGAUGUGUUCUUGGAGCAGGCUUCCCGCAAGCGCGGCAGACCGAAGGGCAAAGGAAAGGCGAAGGCUCGUCAAGCGGACGUCGAGGCUGCAGCGCAGGCGAAGCCGAGACCGCGACGCAACCUUCGAUCCAACGCUGCGCAGCCACCUGCGACCACUGCGGAGGACGAAGCCGCUCGCAAUGAGGAAGACGAGAGCGAUGACAGCGAGCCCGAGACUGCUCGGAGGACGGGAUCGCGUAGUUCGACGAGGCAGUUGCGGCUCAAGCAGGAGUCUUUGAGUCCAUCCAAACGGCAGGCUCAGCAACACGCAGCCGAGGUUGCCGAGACCGAGCAGCAGCAGGUCGCUGCGACCACCACAGCUUCAGAUGCACGAGUGCAGGAAGCGACUACGACCCGAUCGACCCGUUCACGAGCUGUGAGAGGUCAGAACGGCAAUGGAGGCGCUACCGGUCUUGGACGUGGCCUGCCAGAUGGGAUGGAUGCCGAGGCGAAAGCACGGAUCCUCUCGACGGCAUCCGGACGUCUGCGCGAAGAAGGCGCGGGAAGCGACUACGAUCAGGACGAGAGCUACGCUACGGCUCAGGGCGCCGGCAGGAACAGGCUUGAAGGCGUCAACCAAGAGCUCGCAGCAGCGCGUGCCACGCCGGACGACAACUUUAUCGGCGACGACGACGAAGCCAUCCUCGAUCGCCGAGCCGCCUUGGACGCUGCGAUUGCAGCAAAGAAGCCUCGAGCAGGGGUGCUGCACUUUGCCCACCCUACCGCUGAUGACGAUGCGGUGCCCCUCGACGGGUUGGACGACGAGCCGCCUGCCGUUGACGGCGAGAACCCCGAUGCGAUUGCUAUGCGGGACGGCAAUGCGGUCGCCGAGAUCCUGCGCUCGAGCAACACUGUUCCCACACGUCGCACUGGGCCCUAUCGCCCAGAAAACUCGCGCAACCGUCCACAGCCUGAAGAAGCCGAUCCCGUCACCAUCGACCCACCCGAAUCGGAAGUCGACGAACUGGAAGACGAGACGUCUGCGGCGGAACCGGGCACCUCGGCGCGUCGUCGUCGGCGCAACGCGCACACCGCCCCCCUCGGCCAGGCUGUCCGCGUCGAACCGUACAAGCGCUCGAACCUGUACAUUACGGGCCACAACAUGACGGGUCGUUCGCGCUGGACCGACGCCGAGACCACCUGCCUCCUCGAAGCGCUGCACGAGCUAGCCCGGUACAAAAAGGUGUCGCCCAGAUUCAAGGUGUACCACGAGAUUUUGCGGAAGCACGGGGUGAACGGGACGGAAUCGAGGUUGCUGGCGAGGUGGAACAACGUGCAGUUGAAGGAUAAGAGUCGGAAUGAGUUGAUGCGGAUGAAGCGGGAGGGGAGGAGGAUUCCGUAUUGGAAGAGACUGUUGCAUCCGAAUGUGUGGAAGGCGCCGCCGGCGGUGGUGAGGGGGAGAAGGGACGAGACGGAGGAUGUGCCGGAUGUGGGGGAGGAGGUGCCGGGAGAGGAGGAGGGGGGUGAUGUGGACGAUCCGAUUGUUCAGGUGGACGAAGAGGAGGGGCGAGGAAACGGUGUCGAGGUGAUCAUCGAGGGUUGA